AAGAAAGCAAAUAAAUACGACAGAUAUCUAUUAAAAUUCUCUUCGUGCGACUGCUGGGAAAUAUGAAAUACGAAAAGUUUGAAAGCCUAUGGUAAAAAACAUAACACCAUCAACAACAGCUGAGAGACUUUUUUUUUAUUUUAUGUAAACAACGGUCCUUUGGAGUAAAAAGUUCUUGUUGCUAAUAGACAAAAAGGCCCUUACUGAAAUGGUCAAGGUGAACGUGGAAUACUGUCCAAAAUGCAAUUUUGAGUGGCAAUGUAAAAUGUUACAAAACUUUCUGCUGCAACAACAACCAGAAACGGAAGUGGUUUGCUUCAAAGGCCGACAGGGAUCCUUUGAAGUAAAAAUUGAUGACAAUUUGGUGCACUCCAAAUUACAGUCUUUCGCAUUUCCCGAUCACGAAAGCGUACUUGAAAAUGUGCGCAAAGCAGAAAAAGGUCUACCGGUAGAAAAGGUUAAGGAGCAGCCAAUUGAUAAUUGUAUGCUGAUGUGAUCACAGGAAAAUGGAAACACUUUUCUAUUUAAGAAAAUUAAAACUUUCUUUAGUUUGCAUAUAAUUGUUAUUUGUGCGGUGCACAAAAUCAAGUACACAAAAAAUAAUAAUAAAAGCUUGUCAAAGCAGGUAUAUAU